GUCUUAAUUUAUUCUAUCAUCCAUAAAAUGGCAGCUCAGACCGUCCCCUACGGGCACUGGACUAGUCCCCUCACCGCGGAGCGUCUAGCUACAGAUAGCAUCACACUUCAUGAGUUAGCAGUUAAUGAAUCAACGGGAGCCAUCUACUCGAUUGAGUGUCAUCCAACAGAAGAUGGUCGUUAUGCAAUCGUCCAGCAUCUUAAUGGGAAAAGCCAAGACGUGCUACCCAAAGACCUGAGCGCGCACGCAACAGUGCAAGAACUCGGUGGAGGCUCUAUCGACAUGCGACACGAUGGACAGGUUCUAUUCGCCGACGAAGAGUCUCGUAACAUCUACCUGCUAGAUUCAGUAUCGGGCGAAACUAAAAUUGUUCACCCGGCUGUUGAAGGGAUCCGGUAUGCAGACUUCUGUAGCCACCCCUCUAAUCCGGAGUGGAUCCUUGCUAUCAAGGAGGAUCAUAGAGAGGCCACACCCGAGACGCAGGCGACGCAUGUUCAUAACACCUUAAUCGCGAUCAAUAUUGAAUUGGGUACUGAGACGACGAUUGCUCAGGGAGAUGAUUUCUACUCACAUCCUAAAUUUGAUCCUACGGGCAAGUAUGUCUCGUGGAUUCAGUGGUCGCAUCCUGAUAUGCCUUGGACCGGGACGGUGCUUUAUUAUGCCCAGUGGAACAAUGGGACAUUGGAAAAUGUUACCCGCAUCGCUGGUCAAGGACAAGAAGAGAGUAUUGCUCAGCCAAAGUGGAGUCCAGAUGGGCUAUUGUACUUUGCAAGUGAUCGCACCGGCUUCUGGCAGCUUUACUCCUUCAACUUGAACAACCAGCAACAGUCCGCGCUCUCAUUGAAGACAUUUGAGAAUGCCGAUUUUGCUACUGAUGAAUGGGAACUUGGAACCUCGACAUACAUUUUCCUUGAUGCGCAAACCAUAGUGGCAACGGCUAUUACCCAUGCCACGGCAAAGCUCGUCCUCAUUGAUGUUACCACCUCAUCUGUUCAGGACCUCGAUCUGCCAUAUGUGAAUGUGUUCGAAAUCCGUCGAGUAUCCUCAACUUCCUUCGUUGUGGUGGGCACUUCAACCACCUCCCCAGAGGAACUAGCAUUGGUUACAAUCACACCAACAUUCAAAGUCGAAAGGACCAUUCUCACAUCAACUGCGACAUUCGAAUUGCCUCCUGAAUAUGUCUCCGUCGCAAAAGAGCUAACAGCCCCUCAAAAACACGGUCCACUGACCGACGGCCACGUUCACAUGUUCUACUUCCCACCUCGCAACCCCAAUUUCAAGGCCGAUGGCCUUCCUCCUCUACUGGUAUAUGUCCACGGAGGCCCUAAUGGAUCCACAACCCCCGCCCUGGACCUGGAAAUCCAAUCCUGGACCACGCGCGGGUUCGCAGUGUGCGCCGUCAACUAUACCGGUUCCACCGGGUUCGGAAGAGAAUAUCGGGAACGACUCUCCGGUUAUUGGGGUCUGGUCGAUGUUGCCGAUGCCACUAGCGCAGUCGAAUACCUUGUGGAGGAGGGCUUAGUCGACAAAGCUCGUGUCGGAAUUUACGGCGGCAGCGCCGGUGGCUACCUGACGCUUCGAGCACUGCAUAUGUAUCCCGAUGUCUGGGCUGCAGGCAUCAGUUCUUAUGGAAUUAGUGAUGUGCGCGCUCUGCAAGCAGACUCCUACAAGUUCGAGAGUCAAGACGUGGACCGGUUGCUGCUGAGCAAGACUAAGCCGGAAGAUAGAGAGUCUGAGCUUACCAAACGCAGUCCUUGCAACUUUGCUGAUCGGAUUCAAGGAUCGCUGUUGCUGCUGCAAGGCACUAUUGAUAUGGUCGUUCCUGUGGCACAGGCAAGAAUGAUGGCUGACGCUAUGCGGGCUCAUGGACGAGUCGCGGAGGUUGUUGAGUUUGAGGGCGAGGGACACGGAUGGGUUGGUCAGAAGGCUAUUUUGGAAUCUUUGACUCGAAAGGAGGAAUGGUGGAAGCGUUAUCUGACAACUACUGCCUAA